UUUCUGCUUGUCUAGUUGGGUGGUUGUUGCUGUAGUCUUUUUCAUAAAUCUGAUGGCUGACGGGGUCACAUUUUCCUACGGCGUGUUCCUCCCCAUAAUCCAGAAGGAGUUUGGGACGUCGAAAAGCACGACGACGACCUGGGCUGGCAGUCUUUUGGCGUCGAUGCCCUUGCUGUCAGGCCCCAUCGGGUCCACCCUCACGGAUCGCUAUGGUUGUAGGAAUUGCACCAUUGUGGGUGGAAUUCUGGCUACGCUGGGAUUUAUCUUGUCGUAUUAUGCCAUUUCAAUUCACAUGCUCAUUUUGGCGUUCGGAGUGAUCACGGGAUUUGGUUUGUCGCUGUGCUACGUGGCGGCGGUUGUGAUAGUGGCCUAUUAUUUUGAUAAGAGACGCUCACUCGCGCCGGGCCUGUCCAUGUGUGGCGGUGGGAUUGGAACUUUUAUGUUUGGCCCCCUGAAUUCCUAUCUCAUUGAAGCGACCAGCUGGAGAGUGACCUUGUUGGUGGACGCCGGGUGUUUUUAUUUAGCCUUUGCUUCUGUGCUAUCCUCAUGAAAGACUUGGAAUGGAGCAAGAAGAGUAGUCGAAAGAGGGAAAAGGUUCUCCAGAAUGAGCACGACCUUAAUACUCAGACUCAACUAAACCUGAAUGGAGCAGGGGGUGGAAUGUACUCCAUCCCUGAAGGAGGAGGAGGAACUGCCUUGAUUGGACUCUAGAAAUCUGAAAGACUUUGCAAUUCUGCCGUUUGUAUCCC